CAAGGAAGUACCUGUGAGGGCAUUAAGGGGAGUAAAGUCCGUGAGAGAAGACGACAGGGAAGGGAUUCCUGGAUAGACUGCAUUUCCUCAUGACGAGCUGGUUCACCAUUUGUUUUAUUCUGAGUGUGUUGUUGGUAAAGUAUUAGAUGUGGUUACAGAGGAGCUGGUUGUGCUGAACUGCAUCAGAGAAAUGGCCAGUGAACCACAGGGACAAGGCUCAGGGAAUUGUUUCCCUGAUGAGCAUCAGUCACUGAGGUUCCGAAGGGUUUCAUCUCGAGUGUCCAAUCAGAAUUACCCUCAGUUCAACUGGAACUCGACCCCUGCAGACGAGGAUGGGGGGGGCGACAGUGGACCGCGCCGGGACCUCAAGAGCAUCCCUCUCCCCAUGUCUCUGAAAAGAGCUGUGAGGCAGGUGCAGCAAAUGCAGGUGCCUGUGGUUUCCAGUGUGGAGUCAUGGAAAAGGAAGAAGUCCAAAUCUCUGUGUAAACUCAAAAACGCCACCAGAGAAUUUCUCUACUUUUUCGAACUGUGGAGCAAGUCUUUGCAAAAAAUUGGAGGGAACUUUGGAGGUGGUGUCCAGUCUUACUUCCUGUUCCUGCGAUUCUUGGUGGUGCUCAAUUUUGUUUCCUUCUCUCUGAUUGCUGGAUUUGUCCUCAUCCCCAGCAUCAUCUUCAGAUCUGCUGGGUCCAGCCCCGUCAACAACACCGGUCCAGAGGCAUGCAUGGAGUAUGACCCCAAUCCUCAAGGCCUGGUGGUGUUCUAUAAUUAUUUCCUUGACUUACUUUCGGGAACGGGUUUUAUGGAGUAUUCAUACCUGUUUUACGGCUACUACAACAACACAAUGGUGGAGGACAGGAACUUCUCCUACAACAUCCCCCUGGCCUACCUCUUCACUGCUGUUUUCUACUUUGCCUUUUGUCUCAUUUGCAUCAUUGCACGCAUGGGGACCGCAGCUCGAGUUGCUGUGGCAACGGGAGGCAGCGCUGUGGGCAACUACAGCAUGAUAGUGUUCACGGGCUGGGACUACGGUUGCCUGGGAGACCGAGCGACCAAGCUAAAGCAGAAAAACAUCCACUACCGGCUGCAGGUGGACCUGGAGGAGGAGAGGAUAAAGAAACAGGCAGCUGCUCUGACUCUGUGUCAAAAAAUACUUUUAUACUCUCUACGUGUUUUUAUGUUUUUCCUUGCACUCGGGCUCAUUAUAGCAGCCUUCUACGGCAUCUCUGAGGCCACCAACUUCAGCCAGGAAAGAAGUGACGAGCAAGGGAUCCUGGGUUUGAUUUUUGAGUAUCUUCCCUCCAUUGUCAUCACCACUGGAAACUUUGUGGUGCCUCUGCUGUGUGACCAGAUCGCCUUAAUAGAGAGAUACACCCCCAGCACUACCAUCAUAGUGGCACUAUUAAGGGCAGUGUUCCUGCGUCUGGUGAGUCUGGGCGUUCUCCUCUUCACCCUGUGGCGUCAGAUCACCUGUAAGGGGGACACAAACAAUAAAGCCUGUGAACUGUGCCAAUACAACCAUGAGGUCUAUCAGUGCUGGGAAACACGAGUGGGACAGGAGAUGUACAAGCUGACGCUGUUUGACCUCUUAAUCAACAUUGCUGUGCUCGUCCUGGUGGAGUUUCCACGCAGGAUGGUGGUGGACAACUGGUCCAGUAAGCUGGCUCAGUGGGUGGGUCGGCAGGAGUUUGUGGUUCCUUCCAACGUGCUUGGUCUGGUUUACGGUCAGACUGUGGUUUGGACAGGAGCUCUUUUUUGCCCUCUGCUGCCACUCAUCAACGCCAUCAAGUUUGUCAUCCUCUUCUACUGCAAGAAGAUCACACUCUUCUAUAACUGUCGACCAGCACUGAAGACGUUUCGCUCCACCACCUCCACCUUCUUUUUCCUGGUGGUACUCCUGUUUGGCUGGGGCCUGGCCACAGUUGUCAUGAUUUACAGUCUGGCUGAGAUCCGUCCGUCUAUGGGUUGCGGUCCUUUCCGUUUCUUCCCCACCAUGUGGUCGAUUGUCCCAACCUCUUUCCACAGCCUCUCUGAAACUACAAAGGAGUUUCUAUUCUUCAUCGGCUCCCAGGCGUUCUCCAUCCCUCUGUUUGCCUUAUCAUGUGUGGUGAUGUGCUAUUUCAUAGCCUUAGCCUCAGUCCAUGGGAAAAGUGUUGCUCUGCUAAGAGCGCAGCUAAAACUGGAGGGCCGUGACAAGCAGUUCUUGGUGAAGCAGAUUGAGGAGCUGAGUCGACAGCUUUAGAUACCCAAACAUGCUGCAGGAGGCUGAACAUAUGGAACAUGUUUGGUUUCUACAAUCAUCAAAAGUCCCCCUCCAGGCAAAAAUGUGUAUUGGUCAUUGUUUCUUCACUUGUGUGUUUGACCUUCACGAUGCAGAAUAAUGUAUGUUCACGGUUUGAUGCUUGAAGACUGUUUCCAGAUUCUUCUGCUGAAUGUGUAAAGUCUCUGUGUGCUAAAUCUGAGUUUAAGGCAAUUACCUGUGAGCACGAUUUGUGACAUCACUACUAAUUUGGAGCCAAUCCUGACUACAUAAGUACAAUGUAGAAACUUCAGCACUGUAUCAGCACUGUAUAUACUGCACACUGAGGAUGGUCUUUUAGUGAUGUAGGAGACAUCUUAUAUCCAGUUGUUAAACUUUUGAAAUGAAACAAAUAUGUAUAUUUAUAGAUUAUGUAUUUUUCAGUGAGGGAGGAAGAUUAAUGCCUCAUUUAAGAAAUUCAAACUAGGUAAAUGAAGCUUUUCAUGGAAAAACCACAUCAGACACAAUUCACAUUUUUAUUCAAAGCAGUGUUCUUAUAUAUAUUUGAACAUAAGUCAGUGGUAUAUAUAUAAUUGUUUAUAUAUAAUUUUAAAGUUUAUUUUAUAAUUUUGUUUUUAUAUAAUUGAAUUCAAAAUGUGGUUCUAGACAGAUCUAAACCAAGAGGUUGAUUUUUCAGGAGAAUUUGAAAAAGUGAAAUUGCAACCUGUUCAUUAAUAACCGACCUAAGUUAUUGUUACAUGGUUAGUUUAUAUAAAUGCCAUGCAGAGAGUGUCUUUACUAUAAAUACUGAGUUUCACCACUUUUGUCUGUCCAUGAAAACAGAUUUGUAUAUUUCUUGUUCCUUUUACAUAAUAAAAUCACAGGAGUUAUAGCCA